AUGAGCGCUGUCGCAGCGCGCAAAGCUCGGCAGCAGCAAGCGCAAACUGUGACUGCGAAAAGCCAACCAGCGGUUGAAGAAGCAGCAUCAGAGCCACCUUCGAAGCGCCCUCGUCGAUCUCUUGAGAGCACAGUCGCUGAAAAAGUGGACUCAGAGCCUCGCAAUCUUCGAACGCGUUCUAAGAAACAACAAGGCCCGCCACCAACGGAGAAACGACCCGUCACGAGACAAUCUACCAGACCCAAUCAGACCGAGACUCAGUCAUCCGGCUCAGAGGUCGACGAAGGAGAUAAUCAGGGCGAACAAGAAUCCUAUGAAGAAUCCCUUGCCGGGGCUCCUGAAGAGAUGUCGGAGGACGAAGUAGCGUCUGUCGCUGGCGACCCUGAUGGCUAUGAAUCACCCGCAGAGACACCUGCGGAGCUUCAAAAUUUCCCGCUAUCAAAGACUCGAUUAAAUAAGAGCAACAUAGUAUACUCCGACGAGACUACACUCUGCAUUCGUAUUGCGGAGAAAAUGAAUUUGGCAUUAAUAGGCCAAUACGACCUCUGGGUGAAACGCGGAGUUGUCAGCCUUAUGGGUGCCAAAUUACAUCCCUCUCCGAAACUCUACAGGGUGUACGCUCCUGCGACUCACUCUCUGCCUGUCAUAAAGUGCGUCUCGAGCACGGACGGUGCAGCAGAAGUUGAGAUUAAGUCUUGUAAAAGCGGGCUCUUUCAGUUGCGGGACCUGUCACCGUUAUAUCAGAGAAUAUGGAAUGGUCAAAACACUGCUGCAGAUAAAGUCACACUGAAAUCCGCUCCCAAGGGCUCUCGCCGGACUUUCUCAGUGACAGAAAAUGGAUUCACCAAUUCUGAUGGCGUUGCCUUCAUCGACCUCGAUCCAGGACAGCCAGAAUUCGCCCCAAUGGGUCAGAUCUACCUCGCACAUCUCAAAGCCCCUUUCUUCGGCCCACCCUUCACUCACCCAUCCCUAGAUGUUGCGCAAGAUGGCAAGAUCAUGCGCGCGCACCACAUAGGCGCAACAUCGCCAAAAGAAAACCCCGAUCACUAUGCCUUAGCAACGAUGGACCUGCUGGAUCAGUACCGUUCAUUGCUGGCACAAUAUCCUCAAUGUCCGCUGAUCGUCAAUUACCCUGGGUGGAUUUUUGGACAGGGCCUAGAAGUAGCGACGUGGCUGGUCAAGUUCCUCGGCCUUUCCGAUGUGGUUUACAUGAGCGAAAAGGGACCGUCCGAAGUCGUAGAGCCACUUAGCGUGGCCGCAGCGGAAGCUCGUGUUCCUCUGACAAUUCUACCAUCUCAACCUACCGACUAUGUUAGUCGAUCUAGUGCCCAACUGCGCUCGAUGCAAGUGCAAUCCUACUUCCACAUGUCUCACCCGGAGGGAAUCAACAAUCCCGUUUGGCAGGGAACGCCAUUGUCCCGUACCCGGCCCAUCGUUGUGGACUAUGCUGGUCCAAGGCAAGGAAUUGCUGGCAUUAUGGUUAUGGGGUCUCAGAUCCAUCCCGAUAUGCUCCGUGAGGUGCUAGAAGGACCUCCCUACCUCUUCGCCGUAUCAGGAACUGGCACGCCACCAGAUCCGAAAGCCUCCAAUUGUCUUGGCCUGGCAUUAAUCCGCUCCGUGGAUCCGUCAUCACACAAACUUGAAUUGUCCACUCCUAUCGCACCUUCGAGUCUCCGUGAGACAUUUCAACAGGGGCAUCAGCUGGUGCUGGUUCGUGGCCAGCUUGACAACCCCAAUUGGGCUGUCAGCGAAGAAUACCAUGCUGCACGAGCUGCUGAGCGCCAGUAUCAACAAUCUUUCUCGGUCGGUAAAGAAGCAGCGGCUUCUGGGCACUCGAAGCAGACGGGGGAUCAAGCGUCACACGCUCGCGCACUUGCUCAAUUGCGGGAGAGAAUACGUCGGGCUAGCCAGGUCCCUUGGAUGACGGUCGUGGAAGAUAACAGCCGCCGUCACCGAGAGGCCAUUGAGCGCCGUGAAAAGUCGUUAUGGAAGCUGAGAAAGAAGGCAUACCCCGGGAGUGAGAGCGAGACGGACUGA